AAAUCAUUUCAAAAUGCAACGUGUAAAACCAACUGCAUCUAAAACCGGCGAGCUUAUUGCUUACAGCGAGGCAGCCAUACGCAAUAACAUUUCUGCUGUGGAAUAUUGUCGUACAUCUAUGGCAGCUAUUUCCGGCUGUGCUGCGGGAAUAUUGGGUUUAAAUGGCCUACUGGGAUUCUUGUUCUACUUUUUGUCCGUAUUUAUUUUGUGGCUUUUGGUCCUAAUGAAAUCUGGCACCCAUUGGAGAAAAUUCUUUAUCAAUCGUCAAAGUUUGUUGACCAACAGUUUCAUGGGUGCCUUGUGUACCUAUGUACUAUUUUGGACAUUCCUCUAUGGCAUGGUUCAUGUAUACUAGAAAA